UAGAGAAUAAACAAGAAUCUGAAGAACAAAAAGAAUCAGAAGUCUCAGACAAUAACCAUUCUUCUGAAUCAGCAAAUCCCGAAGAUGCAAAAGAGAAAGAGCAAAUAGUUAUAGAUGAGACACGUCCUGCACAAAUAGAAAAUGAAGUAACAGAGAAAGAACCAGACAAGGAGUCUGUGACUAGUGGACUCUCUCCUCAAAAAACACCAGAUCAUGAAGAAGCAAAGCAGACAGAAGUUGUGGAUAGCAAGCCUUCUUCUCCUCCCCCUCCUCCUUCAACCUCAUCCACAGCUCCUGAGCCAGAGGACAAUUUUAAAAAGAAGGAAGCUCGGGUUCGAAUAGUUUCGCCUCCUCCACGUUCACCUUCUUCAUCUCAUUCUUCUUCUGCUCCAUCAUCAGACUCUGAUAUUAAUAAAGAUAAGUUAGCCAAAGAAACAAAAAAUGAAGAGCAGAAACAAGAUAUUCAAGAGACUGGCCCUACAGAAGACUUGGCAAAAGUAGAAGACAAAGCAGCUAGUGAGGCAGCUAAUGAGGAAACUGCAUUGGUUGAUAAAACAGAGGAGAAAGGGUCUGUGGAAGGAUUAGAAGAGAAAGGAGAGCAACCAGUAGCUGAAGGUGAAGAGAAAAACAGACAAGAAGAGGACAAAUCACCCGUGGGAUUGAAUGAAGGUGAAAUGGAAGAAGUAAAAGAAGAGGCUAGUGGAAAUGAUAAUGAAGGGCCAGAGGGCAAAGAAAAGAUUUCAAACUCUGAGGAAAGAAGCAAAGAGCCAACUGAUGAAGGAGCAAUUGAAGAAAAGAAUGAUAGUGAAGUUAAAGAAGGAGAGAAAGAAAGUUCAGUUGAUGGCUCAGCUCAAGCAGUAGAGCAACUUGAAGCUGAUAAAAAGGAGAAUGAAGAGAAAUCAGAAGCUACAGAAGGGACAGGAUUGGAGGCUAAAUCAAAGGAAAGCAAUGGACAAGAUGGGCCAGUAGGAACCGAUACUGAAAAAGAGGUAGCAGAGUCUUCAAAGGAAAAUGAAGAAAUAAAAUCAAACAGCAAUGAAGUUAUACAAGAAAACCAAGGAACCACAGAACUUGGAGAGACUGAGAAGAAAGAGGCAGUAGAUGAUGGAGCUAAAGAAGACCAACCUAGCAAUACAGAAGAGGAGGAGGAAGGAAAGUCAUCUAGACGAGGAUCAGAAAUCAUCUCACAAAUUGAUCAAAAUAAAGAUACUGUUAAUAAUUCU